AUGUCAGGUUUUCUUGGUAUCCCGCCAGCAGUGCUCACAGAUUCUUAUAAGCCUACCCAUGCGUUUCUGUACCCCGAGUCUAUCAAGAGUGUAGCGUAUGGUGAAUUUAGAAGCGGGUUUAAUGGUGACAAAGAGGAUACUCGUUUAUUAUUUUAUGGGAUUCGAUACAUAAUUGAAAAUUAUAUUUCUGUGAAAUGGACUUUACAAGACGUUGAAUUGGCAGAAAAAUUCUAUGAAACUCAUAAUGCCGGAUACCAAAAUUUUCCUUUUCCGAAAGACUUGUUUCUCAAGUUUAUUAAAGAAAAUGACGGGUACUUUCCAGUAAAAAUUGAAGCUUUACCUGAAGGUACUGCUUGCCAUGUGCAUACUCCUGUUUAUCAGAUUACAGCCGAAAAAGAAUAUUCAUUGCUGGUCACAUUCUUGGAAACUUUGAUCACAAUGACUUGGUAUCCAACAACCGUGACAACACUUUCACGCCGUGCACGUGAUGUCAUUGAACAAGCAUAUAACGAUACCGUUGAUGAAGAUGGAUAUUGGUCAUUGGAAAGUCGUUUACACGAUUUUGGCUUCCGGGGAUGUACUUCAAUAGAACAAUCUGUAAUUGGGGGAACUGCCCAUCUGAUCAAUUUCACUGGAUCUGAUACAAUGAGUGCUGGUUACUAUGCUCAAUUUAAACUCAAUAAUGGAAAUCCUAUCGCUACCUCCAUCCCAGCAACUGAGCAUUCUGUUAUGACAGCGCAUAAGACUGAAAAAGACGCUAUUUUGCGUAUGAUCGAUCGUUUUGGUUUUGGUGUGUUUGCUUGUGUGAUGGACUCUUUUGAUUAUGCCAACGCGUUAAAUAAUAUUUUGCCAUCAAUUGCUGCUCAAAAGGUUGAAAAAGGUGGUUUCAUGGUUCUUAGACCUGAUAGCGGUGAUCAAGUGGAAGUAGUUUUGAUGGCACUCAGGGCUGCUGAUAAAGUGUUUGGAUGCGAUGUAAAUAAAAAAGGUUAUAAACUUAUUAAAGGUUGUGGUGUUAUUCAAGGUGAUGCUGUUACCAUCGAAUCCAUGAAAAAAAUUUUGCGCGCCGCUAAGGAAGCAGGUUAUUCGGCACAAAAUAUCGCGUUUGGCAUGGGUGGUGGACUAUUGCAGAAAGUUAAUCGCGAUACAAUGAGCUUUGCUACAAAAUUGUGUCAUAUAACUUAUGCUGAUGGAUCUCAAAGGGAUAUCAUGAAAAGUCCAAAGACAGAAACCGGAAAAAUUAGUUUGCCCGGUGAAUUUGUCGUCAAGAAAAAUGAACAUGGAGUGCCAAUCAUUUAUCCUAAAGAAUGCUGUGCUGAAAAUGAUCCUGAAAACCUCCUGCGUGUGGUUUAUGAUCAUGGUAAAGUCAUUGAUUGGGAUGAUUUCGAUACUAUUCGUAAACGUGCAGCUAAGGAAUGGUCAUGUUUACCGCGCUCCUACGACAAUAUUAGUCCGGAACUUAAAGCGAAAAUUUCAAAGUGUAUUCAAGAGAUCAAAAGCAGAUUAGAAAAGUAA